AUGAACAACCGUCCUAAUGAGAAAGAAGAGAAUACUUCCUUCCCUAAGGGGAAGGGAGGGAAAGAAUCCUCCCUUAGAAGGAGGAAGGAAGGGACGGAAGAAGAAAGGAAGUGCAGACUUCCUUCCUUCCACCCCCCAAAACCUAACAACCCACCUUCCUCUCUUCCACCCCUAACAACGUUCCUUCCACCUUCCGGAGGAAAUGCCCUUCCUGCUAAGGUUCCUGCUCCGCUUCCUGCUUCUCCUGCCAAACUUACUAGCAAGAUUGACCUGCCUACAUCAUACCUUCCUUUAUUUCCUCCGGUGACUGGUAUCCUUGUAAUGAGUUACCUCCUCUGGAAGUACUUUGGAAUGCUUGCUAAGACAAGAAAACGUUACAGAAGGGCUACUAAAACACUUGGUCCAUCCUUAGAGCAGCAGAUUGUUGAGCAUGUGGAACAGCAGGAUGGUCCACAUGAAUAUUCUUUAAUAAAGGAACGCAAACCUCGUUCUGCGCCUAUAAAAUGGAGGAAAAAACGGGGUGUUGAUCACCGUGCUGGUCGUCGCCGUGGUGUACGUCGCCGCAUGAUUAUUGAUAUUCAUUUAGAAGUCUUAAACGAAUGUCAAAAGGGGAAGUUGCAUUCGACGAAAGAGGACUUUUUUGAAAUUUUGGUUCAAGAAUUUAUGGGAAAUGAAUUUAUAAAAGAAGAAAAUGUUCCUAAGGAACAAUUUGCUAAGCAAUGUUUUUCUAAGGAAGAAGUUCCAAAGGAAGAGGUUCCAAGUUCAGAUUCCGGGUUUAGGCAAGAAGACUUUCUUCCUAAUGAACAAGUUCCAAGUUCAGAUUCCCGGUUUAGGGAGGAAAACUUUGUUCCUAAGGGAAGCGUUUCUAAGGAAUUUGUUCGUAAGGAACAGUUUCCAAGUUCAGAUUCCGGGUUUAGGGAGGAAGACUUUGUUCCUAAGGGAAGCGUUUCUAAGGAAUUUGUUCGUAAGGAACAGGUUCCAAGUUCAGAUUCCGGGUUUAGGGAGGAAGACAUUCUUCCUAAGGGAAGUGUUCCUAAUGAAGAUGUUCUUAAGGAAUAG